CACUGUCGUCCAAUCAUAUUCCCGGAGAAAGUAUGUCUGCGUUGUAUACACCAAUCACAUAGUCGAAACAACUAUCAGCACCGCCCAAGUACACAAAAUGUAGCCAUUUUGCAAAUAUACUUUUUGGAACCGAACUAACACACCCUCCCUCACUCAGUAGCUAGCGAAUACAUGUAGACAAAUAUCAUUACACCAAAAACGUAACGUGAGGAAGGGUGUGGAAAUGCUGCGACUGUAGAGAGAGAGAGAGAGACAGACCGUCAGAGGACCAGUAUGGACUAUGACAGAAGGGGGGGUCGGGGAGACCGCAUGGGCCGCUAUGGCAACAACAGCUCCUCCGACCACGACUACCGAGACAUGGAUUACCGGGGCUACGGACAGGAAGAGGCGGAGCUGGGGACAGAAUAUAGCCGCAGCGACCAAGCUGACCAACCGGCAGGCGUCCGGGAGUUCGCCAAACCGUCCCGUUUCCACGACAACCGGCCUGGGUUCCGUCAGAGGGGUGAGGGGAGAGGGUCGGGGGGCGGUCCGGGUCGAGGGGGUAAAGGGUUCCCAUCACCCUGCCCCCCUCGAUCCCUGGUCUUACCCCAGCCAGAGGUAGCCCUGCCCAGGCUGCAGAGAAAGGAGAGAGAGGGAGAGGCAUCCAGGAGAGACUUCCAGAGCUUCAGGCCCAACUCAGAGGGUAGAGGAAGGGGAGGAGGAGGUAGAGGGGGAGGAAGAGGAGGGAGGGGAUACCCUGAGAACCAUGCCUCUCACCUGGGGGAGAGAGAGGGAGACUGGGGGAGGAUGGAAGGAGGUGCAGGUGGAGGUGUCACCCUCGCUGGACAGGAGGAGUACAGCACCAUGAGAAGAGGACCAGGGGAGGAGGAGAGGUUCCCCAGAGGAGGGGGACAAGGGAAGAGAAAGGGUUUCUCCAUGGGGGCUCCAGGUGAUGACUGUGGUGGUGGUGGGGGUAACGGCCCGGGGCUCCUAGGGGGGGGGCUAGGGGCAGAUCCUGGGGGUCCAGACCCCUCCUCCUCCGCCUCCUUCUCAGUAGUAGAGGACCCAGAACAGAGAGAGCUGAUGGAGUACAGACCAGACCUUCUGGACCAGAACCAACGACCCUCCAACAUCAUCAUGUUACGCAUGCUGCCACCCAACGCUACCGCCAACGAGAUACGUGCCCAGCUCCAGGACCAGGGGAUUGACCCGACAGAGGUUCUGAUUCGCCUGAUGAGGAACAAGUCUUCAGGUCAGAGCCGUGGAUUCGCCUUCGUGGAGUUUAAUCACAUACAGGAGGCCUGCCGCUGGAUGGAGACCAAUCAGAGGGUUCUGUCUAUCAUAGGCCAGAGGGUGUCUAUGCACUACAGUGACCCUAAACCACGCGCCAACGAGGACUGGCUCUGCAACAAGUGUGGGGUUCAGAACUUCAAGAGGAGAGAGAAGUGCUUUAAAUGUGGUGUACCUAAAUCAGAGGCAGAGCUGAAACUGCCCCAGCUGAGGGAGUUACCUCUGGGUGGGCAUCAGAAGGACGGCUUAUUGCCCCUCCCUGCCCUCUACCAGCCAGCUGCUGCCACCUCGACUGCCCUCACCACCCCCAGGGACGUGGGCGGGGCCGGGGGCGGGGCCGGGGGAGCUAUCGCACAGCAGGCUGAGGUGGCCAACGACACUCUGAUCCUGAGGAACCUGGGUCCUCAUACCUCCCUGGAGUCCAUCCUGUCUGCUCUGGCUCCCUUCGCUACUCUGUCUCCUUCUAAUGUUCGACUGAUCAAAGAUAAACAGACACAACUCAACCGGGGCUUCGCUUUCCUACAGCUGUCUACUAUAGUGGAAGCGUCUCAGCUUCUCCAGAUCCUCCAGGCAUUACAGCCAGCUCUCUCUAUAGAUGGGAAGGCCAUCGCUGUGGAGUUCGCCAAGGGAUCCAAACGUGAUGUGUUCCUGACAGAUGGCAGUAGAGUGAGUGCUGCUACAGUCGCCAGUACAGCCAUCGCUGCAGCACAGUGGGCUGUUACCCAGACGGCCCAGUCCCUGUCCUCUGCCUCACAGCAGGGUGUGGAUGUGGGGUUGUACCACCAGAGGGCAGCAGUAACACUGAGCGUCUAUGGAGGCCAGGAGAACCACAACUACACAGUGGGGACAGAGGGCCCGGCCUACAAGGCCCAGGCAGGGGGAAUGGGUACAUCCCUACCCAGCACAGGAGUAGGCCUGAUGGGGGCGUACACAGGAACAGCACCUGCAGCAGUCUCUUCCGAGGCUGUCGUUUCUGGAGUGGAUGGUGUGCAGCUCUCUCUCGGCCAAUCACAGGCUCCACUCACCACAACGGCAACCGCACAGGCCAAUCAGCAUGUAGAGAUAGUGGGUAAGCCUCAGCCUGCUCCCACCCACCCCGCCACCCCCGGCACCGCACACCAGUACCAACAAUACCCGGUCCCGGACGUGUCCACCUACCAGUAUGAGGAGAGUUCUGGCUACUACUACGACCCUCUAACUGGACUCUACUACGACCCGAACUCACAGUACUACUAUAACGGGGUCACUCAGCAGUAUAUGUACUGGGACGGAGAGAAGCAGACAUACGUUCCAGCUCCUGCCCAAUCAACAGCAGAGGCUGCCGUUGCCCCAGGUGAUAACCCUGCCCCCCCUGACCCUCCCACUGCUGCCCCUGGAGGCAAGGAGAAGAAGGACAAGCCCAAAAAUAAGACCGCCCAACAGAUAGCGAAGGACAUGGAGCGUUGGGCUAAGAGUCUGAACAGACAGAAAGAGAACGUUCGCUCUCUCUCCUCCUCUUCCUCCUCUUCCUCCUCUACCACCCCUGUGACCUCUAUGGCUCCUCCCCCUGGUUACGCCCGGGUGCCUGGACACGGUCGCCUUGACGACCGCCGAGAGUCCGCCAGCGCAGACGCCGGUUAUGCUGUCCUGGAGAAGAAGGGGGCGUUGUCUGAAAGACCUCAGAUCAUCCUGGACCAGCUCAGACACACAGACCACAGAGAGCGCUCGCCCCCUCAGGUGCACGGUUUGGUUCCGGCCUACAGUGGAGAGACGGACAGCGAGGGAGAGGAGGGAGGAGAGAGGGAGGAGAGGCUCUCAGACUGGGCUAAGCUAGCCUGUCUACUGUGUCGGAGACAGUUCCCCAGCAAGGAGGCUCUCAUACGACACCAACAGCUCUCCGAGCUACACAAGCAAAACCUGGAGCAGCGGAGGUCACAGCAAGAGGGGGAUGUGGGGGGGAUGGGGGGUGAGGAAGGACAAAGGGGGGCCGUCCACAGAAACACCAGACCCCAAGAAGAGGAAGUACAGCCCCCUUGAUGGUACGGCUGGCAGUAGUCUAGGUGCCAGGAUGCUGCAGGGAGGGGUGAAGAAAGGACUGCUGCUGCGUAACAUGCAAGUGGACUGACCCCUGACCUCCAAACCCCGACCUCUAGCCUCUGACCUUUAACCUCUAACCUCUGACUUUCAACCAUCACGCAGGACUAGGCUCCCUAGGUACAAAUCUAGGAUCAGCUUACCUUCCCCCAAUCCUAACCUUAACCCUUUACACUCGUACCCGUAUACGGGUUGAAAAUGGCAGAUUUGGGCCUGUAAUGGAACGCUGUUAUAAACGAUGUCAGAGCUCAGGUUCUGCACUUCACAGCGCUGUCUGGGUUUUCACUGACAGCCGUUCUGAACUUGAGCACCUCACGCGACAAGAAGUUGGCCCCAUCCCUCCCGCUGAUUGGGCAACUUUUACAAAAGUUUUGUUGUCCAAGUGAGGACAAUGCUGUAAAUUAAGAGGACUCUGUGUAUUUUGAAAGAUGAGAUGUUGAGGAUUAUAAUAAAUAUUGCUUUGACGUCAUACAAGCAAGCCAAACACCUGUGAGUGCAGUCCGUCUCCCGUGAGACAUGUCGUCAUACCCCGGGUUGUUCUGAACAGAAUGAGCCUAUGUUUGUCUGUUGCGAAUUGUCGAUUGCGAUUUAUAAUGAACUGUUUCUCGAUUGCGUAAACGACAACAGUAAUUGUGUGAUGGCGAGGGAUGAAGGGCUGUGUUCCAAAGAAAACAACUACUAGUCUGUUUGCUCUAGUUCCUCAACGCCACAGCUAGGAGAGCUAAAAAAAUCACCUUAUAGUUGAAAACUCUUCU